CCGCCCUUCCUGCGCUUCGACCAGCGUAAAAUCCAGCGCCAGCUCGGAAAUGAGCGACAGAAACUGGCUGCCAGGGACCAUGCCCGGAGUUCGGAGAAAAUAUUAACUGGAGCCUGUGAUUAAUUCAGUUUUAUCUCUUUUUUUCCCUUUUUUUCUUUCUUUUUUAUCUGUCUUAUAUAAAAGCCCGUAGUGCGGGAGAGGGGAUUGCUUUUUGGGCAGAGCGCAUCCAGAGCCGAGUAGAGGCUCUCAUUAAAUCAGUGAAUGCACCAAUUCGGUUCAAGUUUUAUCUGCGCGGAGUAAAAAAAUUACUCCCCCUCGGCCAAAACGCACUGAUGAUGUCUCUAGUGGUUCACCUGAAGACGGCGGCUCACCUUCGGGGGAAAGGUGACAGGAUCGCGAAAGUUACAUUCAGAGGUCUGCCACUCUACAGCCGCGUAGCAGAGAACUGUGGGGAGGUGGCUCACUUUAAUGAGACUUUUCGAUGGCCCAUUGCCAGCAGACUUGAUCAAAAUGAGAUGUUGGAGAUCCAAGUGUACAAUUACAGCAAAGUCUUCACAAAUAGACUUGUUGGGACAUUCUGCAUGGUGCUUCAGAAAGUGGCUGAAGAGGGACAUCUAGAGCUGACAGAUACCCUCAUUGAUGACAACAACAUGUCGAUAAAGACCAGUGUCACCAUAGAUAUCAGAUACCAGCCGAUGGAUGGCACAGGGGGGAUGUGGAGCGAUGGAGAGUUCCUGGAUGUUCCUGAUGACCGUGAUGGGAUGUUUGCUUUUGAAACAGACAGUUUGCUUUCAGGACAGAGCCACGGAUCAGGGACAUCUCCUGGACGGUCAUUACAGGGGUCCAUACCAACCUUCAGAAAGUAA